AGAAAAGAAAACAGACCUCGUCUGUUAGCUUACGGGCAUGUAGGCGCUUGGAACCAUUGCCGAGAUGAAGUCAAUCACAGCAGUCGUCCAGCUACUGUUGGCAUCCGGUGCCUCUGCCAGUUUCAUGAGGCAUACAGCUGGCAUGCAAAUUGGUCCGAUUGAUGAAGAUACUUUCCUCGUCGCUAGUAACGGCACCGCCGGUUGGGGUACUUUCGAGCAGUUACUUGAUCACUCUAAUCCUGAUCUCGGCACAUUUUCGCAGCGAUAUUGGUAUGGGGCGCAGUAUUGGAAAGGUCCUGGUUCGCCGGUCAUUCUUGUGAAUCCGGGCGAGCAAGCUGCGGAUGGUUUCAACAUAACUUACACUACGAACCAGCGCUUGACAGGGCUUUUUGCAGAGAAGCUUGGCGCUGCAGUCGUUGUCUUAGAGCACCGAUACUGGGGCGAAUCCUCUCCUUUCGACAGCUUAACCGUCGCGAACCUCAAGUACCUCACUCUCGAGAACUCUAUCAAGGACAACACCUAUUUUGCCAACAAUUUCGAUACGCCCUUUGACACGACCGGAAAAAGCAGUGCCAAAGAUGCCCCAUGGAUCUUCACGGGUGGAUCUUACCCGGGCGCCUUGGCUGGCUGGAUUGCCGCCAAAGAUCCCGGUACAUUCUGGGCGUAUUACGGCACUAGUGGUGUGGUAGAAGCCAUCGGAGAUUUCUGGCAAUACUUCGUCCCGGUCCAGGAGGCAACGCCUCAGAACUGCAGCACGGACUUGAACGCAGUCAUCGACUACGUUGAUUCUGUCCUUCUACACGGAAGUCCUAAGGAGAAGACUCAGCUGAAGGCCAAGUUCCAGCUUACUAAUCUAGAGGAUGCCGACUUUGCUGCAGCUUUGGAGAAUGGACCCUGGACUUGGCAGUCUGGCCAAUUCUACUCCAGCACUUCUCUAGGAUACAAUCCAUACUACAGAUUCUGUGAUUACAUCGAGAACCAGUUCCCGAAUACUACCAACGCCGUACCCGGCCCCGAGGGAGUUGGCUUGGCAAAGGCACUAGACGGCUAUGCUAAGUGGUUCCUAACAAUCGAGCUUCCCGGGUUGUGCGAAGGCUACGGUUAUUUUGAUGGCAAGUACAAUACAGAUUGCCUCCAAUCGCUGAACGCCUCGAAUCCGAUCUACCACGACCUUUCGCCGAGCAAUGCGGGUAACCGACAAUGGAACUGGAUGUUGUGCAACGAGCCCUUUGAGUAUUGGCAAGAUGGUGCGCCGAAGGACCAACCGACACUCGUCUCGCGCCUCGUCAACAAGGCAUACUGGCGCUCUCAAUGCCCGCUCUGGUUCCCCGAACCGGAGUACGGUAUCGCCCAAGGCAAGUCCGCUGAGGACGUGAACACGUAUACCGGCGGCUGGCUAGAGACCAACACAACCCGUUUGAUGAUGGCCAACGGACAAUGGGAUCCGUGGAGGGAUGCGACGCUUAGCUCUAAGUUCCGACCUGACGGGCCGAAGGAGAGCACGACUGAAUUCCCCAUCCGAGUCGUAGAACAUGGCACGCAUUGUUCUGAUCUGUACGGUCAGAACUGGGCUGUCAAUCCUGGAGUCAAGGCCGUUGCCGACGCUCAGGUCGCCAACAUGGCCACUUGGGUGCAGGAAUUUUAUGACCAAAAGAAAUAAAGUCAUAUAAAGAUGACAACCGUAAUUACCUAGGUAUCUAGCCACAUAACUUCGUAUGUACAUGAUGUCAUUUGGAAUAUAAUAAUUACUCUUGUA